AUGGCAGGCGCGAUGAACAACGCGAAGCGGGAAACCCGCAAGAUCCGCGACGAGGACCGCGAGAGCAAGUUGGGCGUUGUCUUUGGUGUUUCUGGCCCAGUCGUCGUUGCGGACAACAUGGUUGGGUCCAGCAUGUACGAAUUGGUCCGUGUCGGCUACGACGAGCUGGUCGGCGAAAUCAUCCGGAUUGACGGUGCCAAGGCGACAAUUCAGGUGUACGAAGAGACGAGCGGCGUUUGUGUCGGCGAUCCGGUCAUGUGCACAGGCAAGCCCCUCUCUGUGGAGCUGGGCCCCGGCAUGCUCGAGAACAUCUACGACGGUAUCCAGCGCCCCCUCGAGGCCAUUGCGGAUCUCAGCAAGAGUAUCUACAUUCCCCGUGGUGUAAAUACGCCCGCGCUGAGCCGCGAGAAAAAAUGGUCGUUUACUCCGGGCAAGUUCAAGGUGGGCGACCACAUCACUGGCGGCGAUAUUUACGGGUCCGUGCUCGAGAAUCCUCUCGUGCGCGACCACAGGAUCAUGCUGCCUCCUCGCGCCCGCGGCACCAUUACGCACAUUGCCGAGAAGGGCGAAUACACUGUUGACGACGUGGUGCUCGAGACCGAGUUCAACGGCGAGAAGCAGCAGCACAAGCUGAUGCAUACCUGGCCCGUCCGUGCGCCUCGUCCCGUCGCCGAAAAGCUGCGUGCCGACUACCCCCUCUUCACUGGGCAGCGUAUUCUCGAUGCGCUCUUCCCUGCGAUCCAGGGCGGCACAACCUCGAUUCCCGGCGCGUUUGGCUGUGGCAAGACGGUGAUUUCCCAGGCGCUCUCCAAGUUCUCCAACUCGGACAUUAUCACGUACGUCGGGUGCGGUGAGCGUGGAAAUGAGAUGGCCGAGGUGCUUGAAGAGUUUCCUCAGCUCACACUCACAUCUGACGGCGUCGAGCAGCCGAUCAUGCGCCGUACGACCCUAGUGGCCAACACGUCCAACAUGCCAGUCGCCGCUCGUGAAGCUUCGAUCUACACGGGCAUUACGCUGUCAGAGUACUUUAGGGACAUGGGCUACAAUGUCGCCAUGAUGGCCGAUUCGACCUCGCGCUGGGCCGAGGCACUGCGCGAGAUCAGUGGCCGUCUUGCCGAGAUGCCGGCCGACUCGGGCUAUCCUGCGUACCUCGGCGCAAAGCUUGCGUCCUUCUACGAGCGUUCCGGCAAGGUUUCUGCGCUUGGCUCGCCGGAGCGCAUGGGCUCGGUGAGUCUUGUGGGCGCCGUCAGCCCCCCUGGUGGUGACUUUUCCGACCCGGUGACCACCGCGACACUCGGUAUCGUCGGUGCCUUUUGGGGUCUCGACAAGAAGCUUGCGCAGCGGAAGCAUUUCCCCUCGGUCAACUGGAACGUGUCCUACUCGAACUACACGAGCCCCUUGGAGGGGUACUACGAGAAGAACUGGCCGGGCUUUUCUGCCCUGCGGGCAUCGUGCCGUAACUUGCUGCAGAAAGACGAUGAUCUGGCCGAAAUUGUGCAGCUUGUCGGUAAGAGUGCGCUGGGCGAGAGCGACAAGGUGAUUUUGGAAGUUGCACAGAUCGUCAAGAACGACUACCUGCAGCAGAACGGUAUCUCGGAAUACGACCAGUACUGUCCUUUCUACAAGACCAGUGGAAUGCUCCGCAAUAUUAUGGGGUACAAUGACCAUGCGCAGGCCGCGCUAGCUUCCAACCCUGACCUUACAUGGGCCCGGAUUCGGGAGCAUACGCAAGACGCGCUGUACGGGCUGACCCAGCAGAAGUUUGAGGACCCCAAGCAGGGCGAGAAGGCCAUUGUGGAGAAGUACGACAAGGUCGCUGCGGACAUGGCCGAGGCUUUCCGUAGCUUGUCCGACUAG